CACCCACCAAUUGGAUUCUCCAUUCUCGUGCGGGCGCGUGGACCCCAAUCUCCUUUUCCUCGUUCUCCCCUCGCUGGAGUCUUCUUCACUCUCCCAACAAACACAAUACCUUGCGACGCUCGCUGCAUCGCGUGACAACUACGUCCAUGGAGAUGCUUCCCGGGAGCAGAAGAACAAUCUUCGUCUCCGCCUGCGUGUGGCUUCUUCUGUCACUGUUACCGUCGCUGUCACCGGCGAGUGUCGUUAGCGCCACCCACGGUGUCUUCAACGUCAAGUGCAAGUACCAGGAGCGCACCCUUUCUGCCCUCAAAGCCCACGACUACCGCCGCCAGCUCUCCCUACUCGCCGGAGUCGACCUCCCCCUCGGCGGAAGCGGCCGCCCCGACGCCGUUGGGCUUUACUAUGCUAAAAUUGGGAUUGGAACUCCUCCGAAGAAUUACUACUUGCAGGUGGAUACUGGCACUGACAUUAUGUGGGUCAAUUGCAUUCAGUGCAAAGAGUGCCCCACCAGAAGUAGCCUUGGUAUGGACCUUACACUCUAUGACAUAAAGGAGUCAUCCUCUGGUCAAUGUGUUCCGUGUGAUCAACAGUUCUGCAAAGAGGUAAAUGGAGGUCUUCUCUCCGGAUGCACUACUAAUAUUACCUGUCCAUAUCUGGAGAUAUAUGGUGAUGGGAGCUCAACUGCUGGUGACUUCGUAAAGGAUAUUGUACUUUACGAGCAAGUGUCUGGGGACCUUAAAACUGAUUCAGCUAAUGGAAGUAUUAUAUUUGGGUGUGGUGCUAGACAAUCUGGAGAUCUAAGUUCUUCAAAUGAAGAAGCACUUGACGGAAUACUUGGAUUUGGAAAAGCUAAUUCUUCAAUGAUUUCACAACUUGCUUCUUCUGGCAAAGUGAAAAAGAUGUUUGCUCAUUGUUUAAAUGGAGUAAAUGGAGGUGGUAUUUUUGCUAUUGGGCAUGUUGUGCAACCUAAAGUGAAGAUGACUCCAUUAUUACCAGACCAGCCACACUACAGUGUCAAUAUGACAGCAGUUCAAGUUGGCCAAACUUUCCUUAGUCUAUCAAUAGAUGCUUCAGCACAAGGGGACGGAAAAGGGACAAUAAUUGACAGUGGUACAACCUUGGCCUAUCUGCCUGAAGGGAUUUAUGAGCCGCUAGUAUCCAAGAUCAUUUCUCAGCAAACUGGUCUAAAAGUUCAGACUCUCCAUGACGAGUAUACAUGCUUUCAAUAUUCUGAGAGGUAUGAUGCAUAUAAUGUAUAUUCAUUAAUCCUCAUACUGUACUCAUACUAUAGCUGGGGGUUUAACACACUUUUUUUUUGUUGAACACACAUCUGAAAAGACAUGUGCGUGCAUGUAUAUUGCAUGCAAAUGGUGUGUUGUUGUUGGCUGGGAACAAGCUCAGGUGUUUUAGUAGCUUACUUUAGUAUAGUUUUUUUGUUGUAUGGUUAGUUUUGGAAGGAAGGGCCUAAGUAUUGUGGUUUUGAUAAUGGUGGUUGUUUCCAAACUGUUAUAGUUUCUCUUAAUUGUGGUGUUCAUGGUGCGUGACAUGUCACAAAAAUGGCAGG